CUGUGUGGCAGACUUUUACAAGCGUGCAAUUACGUAACAAGCCACUGACGUCCGCACAGAAAGUCCAGUUUGCAUAAAUUUUGGGACGAGAGGACGCCGCCUGUCUUACCUUCGCCCGCUUUUGCUCUAAAAAUCUAAUGGCUUCCACCCCGCCGAAAAAUUUCUCAUGGGUGGACCCAGGAAAAGUGGCCGGGCUGGCCCUUCCCCGGAUGACGGCAGAGUACCAGUAUCUGCUGGACCAGGGCAUCCAACACCUGGUGUGCCUGUGCGAGUGCAAGCCGCCCAAUUACGACACAUGUCCUAAGUUGCAGCUGCAUCACAUCAAGAUCAACGACUUCACUCCACCGUCGCCGUCUCAGAUCGAUAAAUUCCUCGCCAUUGUGGACGAUGCCAACAGCAAAGGAGAGGGAGUGGCUGUCCACUGCAUGCAUGGCCACGGAAGAACGGGCACCAUGCUGGCCUGCUACCUGGUCAAGACGAGGAAAAUGGCCGGCAUCGACGCCAUCAACGAGAUCCGCCGACUGCGCUCGGGCUCCAUCGAAACCCACGACCAAGAAAAGGCAGUGGUACAGUUUUAUCAACGCAUUAAGUAGAUAGCGUUACCGCUAUUUGUGGGGAACUGGAGAAAAUCUUUUGAGUAAUCGAGACAAUUCCCUGAAAAAGCUUUCUAAUUACCAAGAGAUGCCAGAAGAUGGCGGCAAAGCACUACUUUUAUUGCUUUAUCAUAAGCGACUGUAGAUUCCAAAAGAAUCAGCUCACAGAUGGUAUGAGAUUUCAACAGUGUUGUACAAGAUGAAAUACUUGAUGAUUUCGAGUCUGUAAUUGAGACUUUAAAAUGCGAUCGAGCCAAAAAGAAAGUUCAAGGACACUAAAAUCAAGUGUUGUACCAUAAUAAGUGUUUUACGAUCGGUCAGGGUCUAACCCGAAAGCUUUGUUUUGACAUAACUUUGUGUGGGCAAUUUUUUUAAAACAAGUUUUGCUAAAUUUGAGCCUUCAUUUAUGCACUGGAUGCCAGAGAAAAUAGACGCUGACGCUCCUUGAACGGUAGCUUCUCGGGAGCCGACGUCCGCCGCGCUUUGUCUUCCCGGCACCUGCGGAUCAAUACAGUUUUUAUUUAUCUGUUUUUAAAAAAAAAAAAAAAAAAUUAAGUUAAAGACUUUUCACCAUGGGAACAAAACUUCCCAAACUUCUCAGGGAUCGCUUGCAAAGUGGAGAAGCUAACGUGGUUCACUCUGUCACAAAACAAUAAUGAUGACUUUUUCUUCGGACUCACUCUGGUGUGUUGUCUUGUAGUCGUCCACUUGAUAUGUAAUCUGCCCCCC